AUGGCGCAACAUCAUCGUUUCAGUCCAUAUCGCGGAAAUUUACGUCUAAUACUACGAGAGCCACCUUUGAAGGGGCAAGAGAGUUUAGUGCACAAGGAUUUGGUGCAAGAACUGUGGAUGGAGCAGAAAGUGGAUCAUUUUGAUGAAGCGAAUAACAACACCUGGUUGAUGCACUAUUUUCGCAACGAUCGCUAUUUCCAAGCAGCUGGUCCAAUCUUCAUAUUCGUCGGUGGCGAGUGGGAAAUUUCGCCCGUUUAUCUCUUGGCAGGACAUAUGCACGACAUAGCUAAACAGCAUAAUGGUAUGCUCUAUUAUGUGGAGCAUCGCUUCUAUGGAAACAGUUGGCCUUUGGGUGAUGCUGCUGUGAAAAAUUUCAAGUUUCUGAACGCACGCCAGGCCUUAGCCGACUUGGCCCAUUUUAUACAUCAGCUAAAAGCCACUGAAGACAUGCUGGUAGAUUCAAAAGUCAUACUAACCGGGGCCUCUUACUCUGGUAGCCUGGUAACUUGGUUUGCCAAAUUAUAUCCGAAGUUAAUAACCGCUGGAUGGGCUUCAAGUGCACCGUUGGUGGCAAAAAUGGAUUUUUAUGAAUAUAUGCAACAAGUCGGUAAAGUCAUUCAACAUCGUGGGGGUCAUGAAUGUGCUAAACGCGUCGAGGCAGGCCUUACAGCCAUGGCGGCGAUACUCGAAUCCUCGAAUAGCUCUCAAUUGAUGCGAGCCCUACGCAUAUGCAAUAAUUUCGAAGCAACAAACCAACUGGAUCGUGCUGCACUUUUCAAUGGCAUUGGCAAUUAUUUUGCCGCAUACGCGCAACUGUAUGACGAUCAAAUUCCAAACAUUUGCGCCUCGCUCACUAAACCGUCUGACAAGGACGACAUGGCAGCCUUCAUUGAAUUUUUCAUGCAUAUAUUCUGGCCCGAGGCGUUAGAGCGCAUACAUUCCGAUGACUGGUGCAACGAUUUGUCUUAUGAAGGCAUGAAAUCCAUCUUCACCGAUAUAACCGACCGGCUAAGCGGUACACGUCAAUGGUUUUAUCAGAGUUGCCGCGAAUUCGGCUGGUUCGCCACCACCGCCGCCAGAAGCAGCAACGAAGAUAGCAGCCACAACAUUCGCCUACAGGUCGCCGGACAAGCAAAGCUACUACGCCGCCAUGAACAGCCGUCCCCACUGGCGCACUCAUUUGGCCGUCAAGUGCCACUCAAUUAUUUUCAACAGCUAUGUCGCGAUGUAUUUGGCCCACUCGCCGCCAAUAGAGCAGCGUAUAAUGGUGACGACAUUUUUACUAGCGUUCAACAAACAAACAGCCAUUUUGGUGGCUUAACUGCUGCCACGACGCUACAACAGCGCGUCAUCUUUACUCACGGCCAACUGGACCCCUGGCGCGCGGUUGGACUGCAGCAGGGUAAAAAUGUCAUUAACAUAGCAGACUACUCUCACACUGCUGAUUUGGAUUCCAUAAACUUCUCCGAUUCGGUGGAAAUGAAUGUUGCCAAACUGAAAGUAGCUGCCUUUUUGCGACGCGCCUUAAGGAAAAUGACAACAACAACAGCGAGGGCCAAAAAUGUGUAUUAA